AUGGCGCAAAAAUGUGUCCACAAGGGCUGCGGUAAGGUGUUUACGGACCCUGACGAAGUGUGCGUCUAUCAUCCUGGGCCGCCUGAAUUUCACGAAGGGCACAAAGCUCAAAAUCAAAGGAGAACGCCCCAUGAACCGACAAGUGCAGAAAUUCCUCGAAGAAGCGCUGGAUGGAAAUGUUGUAAACCUCGCGUUCUCAGUUUCGACGAAUUCCUGGCCAUCCCACCGUGCACGACGGGGAAACAUUCAACAGUCGAUAACGCUCCAGCUCCAGAGCCUAAAAAUGAUGCCCCCGAGAUAGCACCCGACACUACUCCGAAACAUAUUCCGAUUGCCAUCGGAAACACUCCAACCACUCUCUCCGCGGCAGGUGCGCAUACCCCCAAACCUUCAACGUCUCCUCCUCCAGAAUCAGAAUCCGAUGACCCAUCCCUUGCGAUUGAGGCUGGUGCGGCAUGUCGUCGAAGAGGCUGCAAUGGUAAAUAUUCACCUUCCGUUCCAAGGGAUGACGAGAAAUGCGAACAUCAUCCGGGUCUGCCUAUUUUUCAUGAGGGGAGCAAGGGCUGGAGCUGUUGCAAGCGCAGAGUGUUAGAAUUCGAUGAAUUUAUGAAGAUAGCUGGCUGUAAGCAAAGGUCGAGGCAUUUGUUUAUUGGGAAGGCGAAGAAGACGGAGGAGAAGGUUGACAAUAUUCGGACCGAUUUCUACCAAACCGCUACCUCCAUCAUGGCCACCCUCUACCUCAAGAAGAUCGACAAAGCCAAUGCGAAAGUCAACUUCACCUCGCCUACUACAAUAGAAUUGGAUCUCCCGACCUCUGAUAACAAGCGCUUCAAGGAAACCCUCAUCCUCUACGCACCAAUCGAUACAGAGAAGUCCAGUUUCCAGAUCAUGGGCACGAAGAUGGAUUUGAACCUAGCGAAGGCGGACGGGACGAGUUGGCCGGUCCUGCGAAAAGAUGAUAAACAUACCGGGGAGAUCAUUCAGACUGGACGGGCGAAGAAGGCUUGA